ACGACAUUUUAGAGUAAAAUGUUUCAACAACAAAUCCCGAUUUAUGGGCAGUGACACUUUUUUGUGCAAUAAAACAAUGUUUGGUAGAGUGAGAAAGCAAUUAAUAUAUUUGGAAAUGGGACCGAGCACAUUUGCGAAUAUUAGGCCUAAUGUGGAAGGUUUAGUGGGACUUUCAUUUAUUACUGAAGAACCCUAUAUCUGUGUGGCUGUUAUGACGAUAGCAUACGGGUUUAAUGGCGCACUGUACGCUGGGCACUCUCUCAAUGGACUAACUAUAGCUCCAAACAGAGCUGGAACUAUCAUGGGACUCACAAAUGGUUUUGGAAGUAUUGCUGGAAUAUUCGUUCCUUUAGUUAAAAGUGCAAUUGUGAAAUCUCCUGCUGAUUGUGCAGAGCUUAUUUCCAGAUGGAGAAUUGUGUUUGUAAUCCCUGCAGUUAUCUAUACUACUGUAGCAAUCCUUUUUGUUAUUAUUGGAAGUGGUGAGGUUCAGGAGUAUGACAAGAAAGUUUACAAGAAAAAAUUCUGUGCAGUUUAUUAAUCAAUUGUAAUGUACUUUCAGGGCGCUUCGCGUCUACAUUCUUUUUCAACUUUUGAUAGUUGCUCAAUCUUUCAGUAUUUUCUGUUCAAUAAAGCAAGAAACACAUUUUU